AUCAAUUGGAUUUUCGCUUAUGAGCUUCUGGACGCUUCUGCCCGUAGUAGACUUCUGUUAACAAAUUUCUCAGGUAGCAACUAUCGAACGUCCAUCGACGAAUUCAAUUUAUAUGACAUAAAGCUCUUUCCAAUUCAAUAAUCAGUCAGUACGUCUGCAGCGAUGAAUGCGCGAACUGCUGUAGGGUUACCUUUCCCCGAUGGCGCCGAAACCAAAGGAUGAGUGAAAGAAAAUUAGGGACCCAACGAUAACUUUCAGGAGUCAUAAUAACAGAAGUGGAAAGAUGCAGACUCUUCGUGCCUCGGGGCCCCUGCGGUCAUGCAAGCCUAGCAGGCCGGUGUUCACGCCUGUGCCAGUGCGCACCCCUGUAUGCCAGGGCCGCCAACGCACGGUCACCGUGUUUGCUCUUAAGCAGUGGCCGGACCCAGAGUUCAUUAAGGAGACGCUUGCGCAGUUCCCUGACAAGGGUAUUGCGACUGUUGAGGAGGCUCGGUGCCUGUUCUCAAAUGGCGGAUAUACGUGGCUGGACGUGCGAUCGGAACUCGAGAAUGACGAAGUGGGCAAGGUGAAGGGAAGCGUUAACAUCCCGUUCGUGCACCUGAAGCGGGUGUACGACCCAGAGACCAAGGAGCGGGUUAUGAAGAAGACACCAAACCCUGACUUCAUCAAGAUGGUUGAGAAGCGCUUCCCCAAGAAGGAUGUGAAGCUGAUGGUGGGUUGCUCCAACGGCAAGGCUUACUCCAUCGACGCGCUAGAGGCGCUUGAGGAGGCUGGAUACACCAAUCUGACCUUCGUGCGCGGCGGCUACAACGCCUGGUUCAGGGUCUUUGACAACAAGUUUAACCGCCGCAACUAUGGCGAGUACCAGGAGCGGUACGAUGGGCACGACCAGCUGUCGAUGGGUGACUCUUGUGGCAUCCACGCCUCGGGCGCUGGAUUCGACAAGGUGGACAAGGCGGACCGCUGGUCGCUGCCUGUUUACUGAACAGGCAGACCGACCUUAGAGCAGCGCUCUUUCUUUCUCAUGCACUCAUCCUAUCCCUGUCAAGACCGAAUCAAUAAAAGAAUUGGCUCGGGGGGAAACAAGUGCAGUUAGCGAGGCCGUUGAGGGGUUUGCUAGCACUAAUGGUGUCGUGCAGUGAACUUAUAGGACUGCAGGUGGCAAUUGGAUACCAUCUGUUGUUUGUUCUACCCGGCUGGGGUUGUUAUGCCUCGUGUGUAAAUGCUGCGUGAGGAGGGCUGGGAACGUAGCAGCAGAGGUGUUCUUGGGGUGACGACACAAGAAAUGACAGGGCAUGUCGGAGACCGGGCUAAUGCACGAGUUGAGCGAGUUCCAUUGCUGGACGUGGAAGGUCGUCCUAGGUGACUGCGAUCGGUAUAGCUGCUUGGUUCGCGUAGUCCUUGAGACUAGCUGGCUAGGAGCGUCGGUGAGGGGAGAGAGUGUGAUGGUUCUUUGAGCGCGUCCUGGAGGAAAUCAGGUUGAUGACUGGAUGAUUGAUCAGGGCCGUAACCAGAAAAUGGCGGCCCUGCCACCGCCGCUUCAGAAAGACUGCGUUGGUCCCACUGUUGCUAAUUACAGCAUCUGGGAGCUUCUACGUGCAAAAACUGAUUAUACACUGGACGCUGCCGCCGACGGCUACACUGUAGCUUCUGGUUUUGCAUACUUGGUUGGUCCUGAGACGGAGAGGGUUGAGUCCACUGGGCCAUCAGGCCAUCAGAGAGCCGUCAGCCAGGUGUAUCCUAAUAGUGCUGAAGGCGUUCAGAGCUGCUCCAGGAGGUUGCUGAUAAGUAAAAUCAGUUUUGAGUGUGUUGUC